AUGGUCCUUGUUGCUAAGGGAUUCAACCAAAAAGAAGGCUUUGAUUAUGAAGAAACAUUUAGUCUGAUAGUCAAACUGGCCACUAUUCGCACUAUUUUAUCUCUUGUUGUUUCUUAUAAUUGGUCAGUUCAACAACUUGAUGUUCAAAAUGCUUUCUUGAAUGAGUACUUGCAAGAAGAGGCACCCCAGGCUUGGUUCCAAAGCCUUAGUACCUUUCUUCUUGCCCAGUGGGUUGUUCACAGUCACUAUGACGCAUUGACAAGAUAUGUGGUUCAUUUAUUGAAACGGUUUACUAUGACUGAGUACAAACCAUGUCCUACAUCAUUGCCUUCUGAUGUGCGACUGUCUUGUAUGGAUGGUGAUCCCUUGCCUGAUCCGUUUAGAAGUGUGGUUGAGUUUGAGUUGCUUGAGACGGUGGAGCUUUCAAGUAUUUUAGAGUUCAUAGGUCAAAUAGAGGAAUUCAUGAAAGGGUUAAGAAUGGUUAAAGAUUUGAAGAUUAUUGGUCCUGAGGAGUUAACAUCUUCAUGGAAACUGAAUGAUGAUAAAUUAGAGCAACAUCUAAUAUAUUUUUUCCUUGUCAUCAUCAAAUAA